AUGGCGGCGGCGGCGGGGCAGCGCCGUGGGCCCGGCGGCCGCUGAAGCCGCUUCCGCCGCCGCCGGCUCUCCAGCAGUAAAAAUGGCGGAGUCGGUGCUGGAAGUUGUGGGCCGGCUCCAGGCGCGGCUGGCGGGCAGCGCCGAGCCCAAGAAGCUGCUGAAGAGUCUGAAGAGGCUGUCAGAGUUACCCAUCACAGUUGACAUUCUCGUGGAGACAGGAGUUGGGAAGACUGUGAACAGCCUGAGGAAACAUGAGCUGGUGGGAGACUUUGCCAAGGACCUGGUGGCCAGGUGGAAGAAGCUGGUGCCGGUGGCGCAGGAGGCAGAGCGAAAUAACCUGGACCCUGAAGACCGUGACUAUGAGAGGAGCAGCUCAGGCAAAAGGCAUCAGGAAUCCUCCCUCAGAGAGGAUGAGGAGGCUGAUCAGGAAUACUCAGAACCCUUCCAGCCUUCUUGCAGCCAGUCCUAUAGCCCAGAUCAUAGGGAAAAGAAGUCCAAAAGGUAUCCUAGGCCUGAGAGAGCCUAUGAGACUUACAGCUAUAGCAGCCACCAGGGGAAGGGUUGGGGCAGAUCCUCCCCGGUGCUCUCCUCAGACCAGGAGUACUCGGACUGUGGGCAAGCAGUGUCCCCUGAGCCCAGUGAGAGCCCUCAGGACAUGGACACAGACCCUUAUGCCUCUGAGGAGCAGGAAGAACCAGCACUAUUCCCUAGGAAAGCCAAUAAAGGGCACAGCUUCCAGGAGAAGCUGGGGGCAGGCCGGGAGCGCGGCGACGUCUGCGACAAAGGGAACGCGAGUCGGGGCAAAGAGCACAAAUCCUCGCACAAGAAACAGCGACUCGAUGGCAGAGGGGAUGACAGGAGCUCUGCCUUCAGCCCUGAGAGGUUGCACAAGGCUUCCUUUAAGGAGCAGCUCCGAGAAUCCCCCGUGGCAGCAGGCAGCAAGGAGAAGCAGAGGAUGUCAGAGGGCGGCAAAAAGGAGAAGAAUCGGGAAAGCGGCGCCUCCAGGAAGGAGAAGCCGCACUCGGAGGAAUCUUUGGAGAACCAUGUCAAGAAGCAAAAGCAUCGGGACUCUGAGAAGAGCAAAUUGGAAAAGUCCAAGCAGAGCCUGGAGAGCUCUAACUCAGAGAAACGGAAAGCUGAGAGUGACUCAGGCAAUAGGAUCAAGGAAAAGGGGGGUUCUGGGAGCUUAAAGUCUUCGGAGGGGAAGCGCAAAAUCUCCAAUGUGGACAAAAAAUCAGUGGGGUUUUCCUCAAAUUCUGGGGAGGGGGAAGCAGAGGAUGAGUUUGAACAACCUACAAUGUCGUUUGAGUCAUAUCUCAGCUAUGACCAGCCCCAGAAAAAGAAAAAGAAAGUGGUGAAGCCCUCAGCUGGAUCAGCUGGGGACAAAGACAGAGGGCACAGCAAACAGAAUGGAUCCAAAGCCACUACCAACAGCUCCAGCUCCAGUCAGAAAAGUCCAAGCCACAAGAGAACAAGUGAGAAAAAGGCAGAGAAGAAAUCCCCAGAGCCUCCUAAACCAAAGAGGAUAAUUUUAGAUGUGGUCCCGACGUUACCAGACAUCCCCCUGCCCCCCAUCCAGGCCAAUUAUCGUCCUCUUCCCUCCAUCGAGUCCAUCACCUGCUCCCAGACUAAAAGGAAAGCUGUGUCCUCGCCGGUGGAGGAGAGCGAAGCUGGUUUCACAGGCCGCCGGUUAAAUUCCAAAAUGCAGGUGUACUCUGGCUCCAAAACUGCCUACCUCCCAAAGAUGAUGUCCCUGUACCAGCAGUGUAUCAGGGUCCUCAGCAACAACAUCGACUCAAUCUAUGAAGUGGGUGGUGUCCCUUUCUCAGUGCUGGAGCCCGUGUUGGAGAGGUGCACCCCGGAGCAGCUGUAUCGCAUCGAGGAGUGUAACCACGUGCUGGUGGAGGACACGGAUCAGCUGUGGCACAACCACUGCCUGCGAGACUUCAAGAACGAGAAGCCCGAGGAGUUCGAGUCGUGGCGGGGGAGAGUGGCCAAGAUGGCAUUUGUGAACUCUGCAGCCAAGCCCCCUCGGGACGUUCGGAGGAGGCAGGAGAAGUUUGGAACUGGAGGCCCUCUCCUGCCAGAGAAGACCAAAAUAAAACCAGUCCUGUACCCCUCCAGCAAAAGCCACGCUCGGGCCAGUGAUGAGCAGUCCUACGAUGGGCCCAGCACCAGCAGCGCCCACUCGGCCCCGUCUUCAGGUAGCACCUUCUCCUCCUACGACCCCAGGAAACCCCCUGUGAAGAAAAUUGCACCAAUGAUGGCAAAGACUAUCAAAGCUUUCAAGAACAGGUUCUCUCGGAGAUAAGUUUGCAGUGCUGAGCUGGGCCUUUCUCUCUUGGGGAGGAGUGGCACUGGAGGGGGAGAAGGCACCCAAACAGCCCUUCCUUAUCUUUGAACUCUUUGGAGGCUGCAGCUGCUGGGAGAAGCUUUGAUCUGCACAAGAUGACGGCACAGUAUUUUAUCUUUUAUUCUGGUCCCUUUCUCAGUGUCAAGCCCCCCCUCUUUUACCCCCCUGUCCCCAACAUUCUGUUUCUGGCUUUGUCAUCCCUCGAAAGAAGGGUGUACAGAAUCUCCUGACACAGGAAAAUGUGAAAUCUUGGCGCCUGCUGAGAAUGGAAGAUCCAGAGACUUAUUUACAAUUAUUUAACCUCUUAAUAAAUUAUAAAAUGGUUUUAAUUAAUAUUUUGCCCCUCUACCCUGUUGCAUUAUUUAUGUUGCUCCCAGUAGUCCCUCCCCUCCCAACCCAGUCCCAGGGUGUGACUCGAGCUGGAAUCCAUCUGAGGGGACACUGGGUGUCACAGGAGCCUUUCCUGUCACCUGCUGGGCCCAAAGUCUCACCUGGAGACUCUGGGACAGGCAGGACCAGUGGCCCAGCCACUUGCCAGGCCUUUGGCUUUGCUCCCUGCUCGUGUGUGUCAAUAAAAUCUGAGCUCCUGACCCUCUCUGUGCUGUUGCUGUA